UGGCUCAUUCUUUGGAGCCCAUUUUAAUAGUCAAACUUCCAAAUUGAACAUGUCACAAAAAUGUACAAAACUAUAACCUAUUAUAACAUUGAGUGUCAAGGCAUGUCUUAUUGGCCACAUACUAAAAAUACUGAGAUCCCAUUCAGCAAGAAAAAAAAAUGGAUGGAGAGGUUAUUUUAGUGGCAGUUGAUGCUAGUAAAGAGAUCACAAAUUAUGCACUUCAAUGGGCAGUGUGGAAUGUGGUUAGAGCUUCAGACACUUUAAUCCUUUUAGCUCUUCUUCCUUCUCAAGUGUGUUCUUCCGCAACGAGUCCAAGUAUACUACAUCAUUCAAAAACAGCUCAGUUCUUUUCUUGCCUGCUAAAGAAGUUAUGUAUAGGCCAAACCAAAGAAGGUGAUGCGAAUGAUGAUAUAAUACUUAUAAAUGGAGUUGAUCAUGAUGCUUUCCAUAGAGUGAACAAUGUCUGCACUGAUAUCAUACAACAACUCUGCUCAGCAUAUGAUCUAAAGCAGGUGCAUACUGAAGUAAAAGUUGUGACUAGUGUUGAAUUGGGAACAGUUACUUCUAAAGCUCAAGAGCUUCAAGCAACUUGGGUAAUUCUUGACAGAUGCUUGAAGAGAGAAAGUGAUCAUUGCUUCAAACAAUUGAACUGCAAUAUUUUGCUCAUAGACCAUGCUACACCGAAGUUCCUCAAAUCUGUAAAUCUUCCAAAAAGAAAGAAACUUUUCGGGGGACAUCAUCAAACGAAAGUAGAGACAAAAAUGCUUGGUUUCCUUCCAAGAAAGGCUCCUGAGUACACUAGUACCGCUACAACUAGAAGCAGUCUAACUACUUCGAGUUCAAUUUUCGAAACAGAUGUUUCGCAUUCAAUAUCUAGUACAUGUAGAGAUCAUUUUAACAAGCAUAGCCCUUCAACUACAAAAAACCAAUGCAAACAGUAUCUUGAUCUUAAUUCCCAGUACUUUUCUGAGAAAGUAGAGCCUCAAGAAACUUCCAGCAAGCCUCAUUUUCACAGUACUUUUCAACCAUUUAAUAAGGCAUCGAGUUUUUUCACUGGUAAAUCACAUCAUAAGUUAUUGGCCAAUCCCUUGUAUGAGAAAAAUAGAAGCUAUGAUGUACUUUCUAAAGCAAAAGCUGACAUGGAUGAGGUUAAUGGUACUACUACACAGAAGACAAUGGUUUCACCUAGAAGAUCAGCUCACUUACUGCACUUGAGAAAAGCUCAAGAGGGGAUAUUCCCUUCGAAACAGCUGAUAACAACAAGAGACUCUUUAACUGAGAACGAAAGAGAAGUUUAUGCGCCAUUACUACCCUCCACUUCUCAAACCAUGAACAGAAUCUCAAGUAUAAGAAAAGCUGUAUCAUUAUACACUAAACACCCACCAUACCCUCCACCUCUUUGCUCUAUUUGUAAGCAUAAUACUCCUGUUUUUUGGAAGGCUCCCAGGAAGUUCAGUUUCAAAGAGAUAGAAAGAGCAACAAACAGAUUCUCAAACGAAAACUUCUUGGCAGAAGGCAGUUUCGGUCCUGUACACAGAGGGGUGUUGCCUGAUGGUCAAGUUGUUGCUGUCAAGCAACAUAAGAUGUUAAGUGCUCAAGGAGCAUCUGAGUUUUGCUCUGAGGUUGAAGUGUUGAGCUUUGCGCAACACCGGAAUUUAGUGAUGCUCGUAGGUUACUGCACUGAAAUAGAAUGGCUUUUGGUGUAUGAGUUUGCUUGCAAUGGUUCACUAGACACGCACUUAUAUAGAUCACAAGAAAAAGAGCUGAUGUCUUGGAAAAGUAGGAUGAAAGUUGCAAUAGGAGCAGCAAGAGGAUUGAGAUACCUACACGAAGAUUGCCGGGUUGGUUGCAUUGUACAUAGAGACUUUAGACCCAACAACAUUCUUCUCACUCAUGACUUUGAACCAAUGGUGGGAGAUUUUGGGCUAGCAAGAUGGCAAGUAGAUGGUCAGUCAGCCGAGGAGACUCGGGUUAUUGGUACAUUGGGGUACUUAGCCCCUGAAUACACACAGAGUGGGUUGAUAACAGAGAAAGCUGAUGUAUAUGCAUUUGGGGUGGUUUUGUUGGAGCUCUUAAGUGGAUUCAGCGUCACUGAAUUUUCAAGAAAAACAGGACAACAAUUUGUUGCAGAAUGGGGCUCCCCAUUACUUGGAAGUAUGAAAAUCGAUGAGGUCAUAGACUCUCGGUUGGAGAGAAAUUAUGAAAAGAAGGAAGUAGAAUGUAUGAUGUAUGCUGCAAGUUUAUGCAUCUCACCUCACCCUGAACAAAGACCAAGGAUGUCAAAGGUUUUGAAAAUAUUAGAAGGAUAUGUUCUCACUUGUAGGGCUUAUGAUUACAGAGGGUCACCUUCUCUUGGCUCAUCACAAAGCACAAAUAGUAGACAAGCUACUGAUCAAAGCACAAUUCAAUCCUCAUUGUCGAGUAGUAGCACACUCAAGGCAGUGCAUCCUUCAAAAGGGACUGAAAUUCUAAGCACUGCCUGUUGUUUGAACCUACUGGAGUCCAAUGUCAAUCAAGAAUAUCAAGCAUACUUGCAAAAUUCACUAGCCAAGUUUGUUCAAACCUUGAAUGGUAACUAAAAUAACUAACAUGUAUAAAGCAAAAGUCUAUUUUUUUCAUGGUCAUUUUCUUUUAAAGCAUUUUUACUCUGUUUAUAGAAAAGCAUAAGCAUCUGGCUUAGCAAGUUAGAAUGAAUGUUUUGUAUAAUAACAAUAGAAUAUAUGAUCUAAAAUGUCAUUGAUGGAUAA